CACACUCUUGCUUGAAGAUAACCCAAUUCAAGUUCUCAAAAAGUCAGUUCUCUUUCUCACUCACUCAAGCUCAAAAAUGGAUUCAAGCUCAGAUGAAAUAACCCAUAAUUUUCCACCCUUCAUCAAAGUUUACAAAGAUGGCCAUGUAGAGAGAUACCAAAUCUGGGAAUCUGCUGAGGCAGGCCAUGACCCAAUUACAGGGGUCCAGUCCAAAGAUGUUGUGAUUGUGCCGGAAUCGGGCCUUAAGGCCCGUAUUUUCAUCCCGAAGAUCGACAGUGGGGGUCAAAAGCUCCCGCUUCUUAUUCACUACCACGGUGGGGGCUUCUGCCUUGGAUCAGCCUUUGGGGUUAGAACCAAGAAUUUUCUCACUUUAUUGGUCUCCAAAGCCAAAAUCAUUGCCAUUUCAAUUGACUACAGGUUAGCCCCUGAGCAUCCUUUACCAAUUGCUUAUGAAGAUUCAUGGGCCGCUUUGCAAUGGGUUGCAACCCACUGUAAUGGGCUUGGGCCCGAACCAUGGAUUAACGAUCAUGCGGAUCUCGGGCGGGUCUUUCUCGGGGGCGAGAGUGCCGGAGCCAACAUUGCCCAUUAUGUGGCAGUCCAAGCGGGCAUUACCCAGUUGGUGGGCUUAAAAGUUGAAGGUGUGCUUAUAGUACACCCAUUCUUUGGGGGUAAAGAGCCAGAUGAAAUGUACAAGUUUUUGUGUCCUACAAGUAGCGGAUGUGACGAUGACCCGAAAUUGAACCCGACAGUGGAUCCGAACUUGAAUAGGAUUGCCGGUGAGAGAACGCUUGUUUGCGUGGCGGAGAAAGAUUGGCUGAGAGAUAGAGGCGUGGCAUAUUAUGAGAGUUUGGGUAAAAUUGGGUUGGCUGGUGGUAAAGUUGAGCUCUUUGAGACUAUGGAGGAAGGCCAUUGCUUUCAUAUGUUUAACCCCAAUAGUGAGAAGGCUGAACCUUUGAUUAUGAAAAUGAUUCACUUCAUCAAUCAAAACUAGUUGUUUUUUCGGGUGUUAAUUAAUGAUUUAUAUUAAUCAACAAUUACUUGUUUUCAAUUAA